UGUGGAAACUAUUCUUAUAUUAACGCAUGAAAUCCCAUUGUACCAUGAAAUUCCACAAUACCUGCUGUUGAUUUGGGCCGAGUCAAAAAGGGUUCGUAUCCCGUACCGUCCUGUUACCAUCAGUGGGCAGUGCAGCGAAAUCACACCAGACUCAAGGAUUUUGUCUUCAAGUAAAGGUGUAAUCCCAGGUACAAAAAGUCAUGGUGUCUUACCUCAGCACCACUCUGUUGUUGGCCUGCCUUGCCGCCGUGGGAGCAGAUGAACCGACCCCGUGCUGCCCUCCAAAGCAGUUUACCAUCAGGAUUGACGAGGAGACCACUGACCUGGUCGAUGGCGUCGUGACCACUUUGGAGCAACAGGUCCACAAGGCCUAUGACGCCACUAACAAGCUCUUGACGGACAUCUUGUUCCAGUACGACUCUGUGACAGGAGCCACAGUGCAGUCUAAGACCAUCUAUCUCUUCCCACAGGGGGCGAAAUACGUUAUCAGGAAUGGGAAGUGCACCAAAGAAACACUGCACUAUCAGUUUCUUGAACUCUGCGUGCCAGCGGUUGCCAAGUAUGGACAUUCUUACACUUUCGGAUUGGGUGAGUAUUCAGCCAACUUGUUCUAUCUGGAGAUACCGCACCAGGGCUACAAUCAAGUCUACGACUUCGUCUACGGUGCCGACAAGUGUAUCCCGUAUCAAUAUGCAGUCAGCAGGAAGGCUGCCGGUACCACAUCAAGUGCGUCCUCUGCAGGCUUCAAUGGGACCCUAACCCUGCCCGUCCCCUUCAACCAGUCGCGUCUCGCCGUGGGUGCCGAAGUCCCGCUGUCCAUUCGCGCCCAGUACUUCGACUAUGUGGAAGGGAUCAGCGACCCCGCUUAUUGGUUCAAGCUACCCGCUGAGUGCAAGCAACUGGAGCAGCAGCCCAGCGAGAAGCAGAAGGCUGCAGCCAAGAUGAUGACCAAGAAACUGAUGGCAAAGUUGAACAGCGACAAGAAAUUCGUGAUGUACUAGGAAAUCACCCAAUUCUUAUUGCAAAAACGCAGUUUAUCUAGAGAAAACCAGAUAUAUAAUAAUGGCUUUAAAAGUUACUUUUCAAAUACACCAGAAACAAUGUAGGUACACAUGAAGUAAGACGGAGCUGCUAUUUUUAGACAGUGGACACACUCUGCUAUUGGAGGACACAAUGGCGGAACGCAGUUAUCAAAAUUAUGCUAAUGCAGUUGUAAUACGAGACCAGUUUGUUUUAACGCUGUUCUAAAGUGGACCAUUAAAUUCAAGACACGAGGAAAUUUAUACUGCUUAAUUAAAGGUGGCGUCAUGCUUUGGUAAUCCCCCAGAAAAGAAGUGUGGGAUUUUUAUUCCAAAGCAUAUCUGGUAUAAAGAUGGUAAUGGUGAUAAUAACCCUGUGAAAUUAUUUUGUCUGAAAUGUCCCUGUUGAUUAGAAAUCAAUAAAGGUGUGUCCAAAACUUCGAAUCUCCAAAAGUCGCGUGUCGACCACUUCUGCAAAACUUUGUAGAAGUAAUUGGAAAGCUGCCCUUAUGCGGUGAAAAUCUGCAAGUCGGCAGAGGUGAUGUACAAUCUGGGCGUCCGUGAAUGGGCACGCAGCAUUCCCAGUGACCUUGCUUGAUGCAGACACGCUGCACGGCACAAGGAGGCGACUUGCCGUGUGUAGACAACACACCGGUGGCGCGCGGUCCGAAUCAACUUUGGAGUUGGAUGAACCGCUUCUAUGCGAGAUUCGCGCUGAAUCGAUCUGCAAAAAAAAAUUGUUUGCUAAACUCAAAAGGGAAAACUGGCUGCAACUGGCAAGUGUGGUUCGUCACGACUCAGGUAUUCAAGAACAAUGACUUGCGUUGAAAUAGCACUGCCAGUGAACUGAAGUACUUGAGGAAUAUGAUUGACAAUUACCAUCUCUCUCACUUAGACUUUGUGUCUGCUCUUCUUUAUAAUAGAUUCUUACGAACCAUUCAUUAGGCAUGGUUUACACGUAGAAACGGGAUUAUCUUGCAAACCGUGACAUUUUGUUUCAUUUUCAGGAGUGAUGACAGUAAUGAACAAGUACUUUGGUAUCUGAAGUGUUAAUUUCUCUUUACAACACUUUCAUGAUUGAAUGACUUGAGUACAUUAUGCACAUGUGCUUUGUAGAAGUCUUGUUUAGAAUGUCCAGAUUUCAAUCAUAGUUUAGUUUCCAGUUUCCAAUUUCUAUUUUUGAAACAAUACCUAGAUAAUUCAGACUUCCAGCAAAAGAAUGCCUCGAGAAUUCAGAUUUUCAACAAAAAUACAAAAAAUAAGUAACGCACUUGCACGUACUGACAAAAAAAUACCUACUUUGAAAGAAGAACUAAGAAAACGCGGCUUCCUUUCUAAUUCAGACUGUGAAUGAAUGACACGAGUUAAAUUUAUUGUCGUGACUCGAUAUCUUAUAUAUUUGGAAUCACAUUUUUCUUGAAAAAGAAAACGAAAUGUCUGGCUAUCGGCGAUAUAAUAAUUUUUGGCCUUCAAACCUCAGUUUUAAGUCGCUGAUCCUUCACCGAUCAACUUAACCAAACCAACAUAUACAUGUUCCUCUUUUGCUUGCAUUGACUUGCAUUAAACAAGCCUAAACAGAACAAGCGAAAUAAAAUUUAGCUGAUUGGAGUGGUUCAAACAAAGAAUGCUUCAUUUGAAAAGAAAACGGUAUAUUUACAAUCUAUUUAUCAAAUGUCAGCCACAUAACCCUAAGAAAUAAACAUGAAAACACAGCUAGUUUUUAGUUCAA